GGGCGCCCCGCUCCGCCCGAGCUCUCCGCCCCGCCCGGGCGCCCCGCCCCGCCGGGAGUUUCCGUGGUCGCCGAGCAUCCACGCGGAGAUGGCGGUGUCCAGGGGUGUUCGGCAAAUGCUACAAAUCAUUGCAGGGCAUGGAUGGAAGUCGUAUUCUAGUAAACCUGCUCAAAACUUACAUACAGGCAAACCUGGAGCUGGCUUUAGCUUUGAACUUACUGAUGAACAGAAAGAGUUUCAAGCUACUGCUCGUAAAUUUGCUGUGGAGGAAAUUAUUCCUGUUGCUGCACAAUAUGACAAAACUGGAGAGUAUCCUCUUCCACUUAUAAAACAGGCUUGGGAACUUGGUCUUAUGAAUUCACACAUACCAGAAAGCUGUGGUGGUCUUGGCCUUGGUAGUUUUGAAGCAUGCCUUAUUACAGAAGAGUUAGCUUAUGGAUGCACAGGGGUUCAAACUGCCAUCGGAGCAAAUUCCCUUGGGCAAAUGCCAGUAAUCAUUGCAGGAAACGAGCAUCAGCAGAAAAAGUACUUAGGAAGAAUGACAGAGGAACCAAUGAUGUGUGUUUACUGUGUAACAGAGCCUGGAGCAGGCUCUGAUGUGGCUGGUAUAAAAACAAAGGCUGAGAAGAAAGGAGACGAAUAUGUUAUUAAUGGUCAGAAGAUGUGGACCACAAAUGGUGGGAAAGCAAACUGGUAUUUUUUGCUAGCUCGUACCAAUCCAGAUCCUAAAGCUCCUGGAAGCAAAGCCUUUACUGGAUUCAUCGUGGAAGCAGAGAGCCCUGGAAUCCAAAUCGGAAGAAAGGAAAUGAAUAUGGGUCAACGUUGCUCAGAUACGAGAGGUAUUGUCUUUGAAGAUGUGAGAAUCCCAAAAGAAAAUGUAUUAAUAGCUGGGGGAGCUGGUUUUAAAAUUGCAAUGGGAGCUUUUGAUAAGACCAGACCACCCGUAGCGGCUGGUGCUGUUGGAUUAGCAAAAAGAGCACUUGAUGAAGCUACUAGAUAUGCCUUGGAGAGAAAAAGCUUUGGGAAAGCAAUUGUUGAACACCAAGCGGCGUCCCUGCUUGCUGAAAUGGCAAUGAAAGUGGAACUUGCUAGGAUGGCUUACCAGAGAGCUGCAUGGGAAGUUGAUGCUGGUUGCAGAAAUACCUACUAUGCUUCCAUUGCAAAGGCAUUUGCUGGUGACAUUUCAAACCAAGUUGCUACAGAUGCAGUACAGAUUUUUGGAGGAAAUGGAUUUAAUACUGAAUAUCCUGUAGAAAAACUAAUGAGAGACGCUAAAAUCUACCAGAUUUAUGAAGGAACUGCUCAGAUUCAAAGGAUGAUCAUAGCUCGUGAACAUGUUGGCAAAUUUAAGGCUUAAAGAAACAUCUGCAGUGUGGCUGGCGCUGCUGUAGUGUUCUGUGUUCUCACAGAAAAGGAUUUUAGUGCAUUUCUCAAUAGAAUAAAAAGGCAUGGUAAAAAAAAAAAAAAAAAAAAAGACAAAAAAAACCCUUUUCCUUCAAAAUCUUUUCAUUCUGUACAUGAUUAACCACUACUGUUCUCCCUGUCCAGUCCCUCACUUCAUUUCUAACAAAGCUGGUGUUUUCUAAACAUUCUGAAUGCUAAAGUGGUUGAUUGUUCAAUUACAAAAUGGGCAAUAAAUGAGAACAUCACUACGCAGUGUUUCCUCCCUAUAAAAUUAGAUGAUCUGGAUGCUACUUCUGACAAUCAUUGCUGCAUUCUAAUAAUUUUUUUUAAGACAACUGUGGUUGCUUUUUCUUCAUUUUGCUUGUCACUUAAAUUGUAUUUUGGAUAAGUUGUCCAGUGUCUGAAAUACAUUAAUAGCUGUACUUCAGUUCCUACUAUGGUCCUGCCCACAGCAGUUGAAUAGCCUUUCCAGUUCGGCAGUACAAAGUCCUGCAUUGCUAGUGUCUGCAUGCAUGUCUGUUCUGAGGAUUUAGAUACUAUCCAGUAGUAACAGUAUCGGUUUGAGAGAUUGUGUCCUUUUGCACUGUUACACUCACUUAAGCAAAUAAACAUUCGAUGGUUCACUUCAAGUGAAA